GUAACUUACUGAACAUAAGAAUCGUAAAUUGUUGAAAUUCCUAGUCUUAGGUUUCUUGCUUCAGCAGCGAACUCUGGCCAUUUGUUGUUUAUCUGAGCCCAAGUCAAUGAAUCUACUGGAUGACGCAUAGUUCCAUCUUCAGAAGCAUUAGUGGAGUGCCAAGACAAGUCCUCUGCCAACCGCUUUGAUCUAAACAUUCUCCUGAACCUGUCUUUAAUCGGAAAAUACCUAAGCACCUUAACAGGAAUCCCUUUCUUCUCCUCACCAGUCUGCUUAUCCUUCUCCCAUCUUGAUUCACUACAUCUUGGACAGCUGACUGCAUCCUCAAACUCUUUUCUAUACAAAAUGCAGUCAUUCUUGCAGACGUGGAUGACAUCAUACCCAAAACCAAACUGUUUCAGAAACUUCUUCAUCUCAUCUUUAGACUUAGGUAGAACGUUUUCACCGGGAAGCAGAUCAUGAACUAGGGACAGAAGCUGAUCGAAAUAGUUCUCAGACAUCCCACUCUUCACCUUUAUCCUGUAAAGUCCCAUGAUUGCAGCAACCUUUGUAAAUUUCAGACAGUUUGGGUACAACGGAGUUUCUGCAUCCUUUAACUUCUUUGUAAACUCAACUUCUUCAGGCGUAUCAGUGCCCUCAAACACUCCAGCAUUCUCCUCUGCGUAUCCUUCGCUGCCUUGACUUCGCAUGAAGGUUGUUCUGAACAAGUCGUAAGCCUCAUUUUCAGACCAGAUCACAUUAGCUGACUCAUCAGGUCUUGUCUCCCCGUGUUUAGACCAAAACUUACAGCUCUUGUACUUCUCAUACAUUCCUCUAAUCACCAGGUGCUCGAAAACUUUCUCACUAGAUUGGUGGCAGACAUUGCGACAAUCAACACAAGGGCAGAACAUUUCAUCUGGAUCACCUAAACGUUUUGAUGAAGAAGACACGAACUCACUAGCUCCUUUCUCAUACUCAAGGCUAUUCCUAUAUGGUUAAAACAAGUGAGAACUAAACACUGAGACUUAAAAAAUUUUAAAAGAACAAGUGAAGUUAAUACCUUGGUAACCAGACCCAAGAUUUAUCCAUGAUACAGCUCCGACGAAAUGAACAUACAAGAGUCUCACUUUAUCAAGCCAGAACAACAAAACAAUAAGGGAUUUAACAGCAAAACAGAACGAGAUUACUCACCUUAAAAAAAUCUCUUCGGAUUUAAAUUAGAGUCUCCUACAAAAGAAGACAAUGUUGUUAAGUAAGAUACAAGAUUUUACAGAAAUGAACAAGUAAAAGAGAAACCCAGAAAUUGAAAAGAACAAAUACCUUAAGCCAAAGCUGUCGGAAAAUAAAGGUUCCUGCAAACGAGCAUGUAAAACUGAUUCAAUUAAACAUGCAAUAACCCUAAAUCAGUUAUAUAGAAGAGAUAAAUCGAUUUUCAAUCGAUUAGGAUAGAAAAGAGAUGAAACCCGAGUUCACCUUCGAUGGAAUCGGAAAGGAUUUCAAUCAAAGGGGAUUUAAAUAAGAGUUAAUCCACGUUGAGUAAUCGUUGGAGCUGAGGAAUUGAGAAUGAAAAUUCGAGUGAAAGAGAUUGAGGUCGAGUGUUUGAUGGAGAGUGAAGAACAAAGAGAGAGAGGGAAGAACAAAACCCUACUAAUUUGGGAUUAAUUUUGGAUUCUAAUUGGGUUUUAGGAGCCAAAUUAUUUCUAAGUGUCGCGGUCAUUACCGCGUAAUCAAGCAUAACACUUUUUUUUUUAAUCUGCUAUAUUAAUUAAGCGUCUUCUUUCAAACCAUAUACGCUUAAAUGAUUUUUCAACUCGAAACUGUAACAUAACGUUUGGAAAUAUACAACCGCUAUCUUUAAAACACGAGUAUACCUACCAUAGCACAAUCGAAAAAAACGCUAUUCUGGUAUGCUAUUAAAACCCAUUUUUCUUGUAGUGAGGCAUACAAUAACUUUGGAGUUUUACCACAGUAACUUUAGUUUUACUGUGGUAACUCAGUUAAAGCUUGGAAAGUGAUCUUGCUUCACUUUGGAGAGUUACCCACGACCAAGGAGCUCUUGGAUAAGGAAGGAGCAGUCUGGAUAAGGUUUCCUCAAGCUAGAGAGGCUGGAGACAGGCUGUAAAGUAGACAGCAUCUAGUAAAAGAUGCCAAAGGGAUCAAGCAUGUGAAGACUCCCAUUGGAUGCUUUUGGAUGGCUCUCUUUGACUACACAUGCUCUGAAUCUCUUUCUUAUCUUAUGGAUUUCGAAAUGUAUUGUCUCUCUCACAUAAAUAUGUUGUAAACCUCAUCUUUAAUGAUUAAUGGAGUUUUGAGUCUCUCUCUUUAUUCUCUCACUAAAAUCUCUUAAUCUCUUUAAUCUUUUCAUCUGAUUAUCUCUGAUUAUUUGAAUCAUGCUCUAAUACACAAAAGUGUAUAUGGUAUCAGAGCCAGGUUGGCAAAAAGGGGGUGAGUGUGAUUUCUUUUUCUCAAAAUCAGAGUGUUCUUGAGUGUUCUUGAGUGUUCUUGGGAUUAUUGAGGUUUCUGGGUAUGUGUGUUGUCUAUUCUUUUGUGGCUGGGUUUAUUUGAGAUUCUCUGGUGGAAACAUGGAUAUGAAGCACGAAUCUAGUGGAGCAGUGAAGAUUCAAGAAGAAAACAAGUGGGUUUGGCCAAGAUGGGUAAAGACAGCUUUGGGAAGCUGUGAGAUUUGGAGUAAUCAAGUAAAGGGAGAACCUUUAAUGGAGAGAGCUGCUGAUGGGGGUCAGACAGCAAGGUUGAAAUGUGAAGAUCAGUUGAGUCUUGAAGAAAGUAUAUCUCUUGAGAAGAUUGAAGAUGUUUAUGAGAACAAGAUCAAUCUAAGGAGGAUGUAUGAAGUCAGGAAGAUGAUCUGUGAGUUGAAACAAGGGAAAAAAGGUUUCAAUCAGCAUGUGAAGAAGCUGAGAUGUUUGUGGUCGGAGUUACAAAGCUUGAGACCAAGAAGUUGUGAUCCGAGAGUGCUAGAAGAGUGGCGAGAGCAAGAUGUUGUCUUCAGCCUCCUUGCAAGCUUGGAUUCAUCUCAUGGCUGGUUGGUAAAGCUUAUUCUCAAGGAAGAGAAGCUACCCAACAUGGAAGAAGUGUGUGUACUUGUUCAGAGGCUUCAUCAAGUGAUGGAAGAGAACAAAGAGAUAACUUGGAGUAAGGAGGGUGCUAAAAGGAAGAAGGGAAGGCUGAGACGACGUUCUAAGGCUCAGAUCAGAAGAGGAAGGUGUUGGAAGAGAAGCAUACUGUCUGGUUAUCAAGGUAGCUAUUGUACUAUGAAGAUGGGCAGAGUAGAAGCACAACAGAUUCUUAUGGGAGAGUGUUCUUACUCAGCUUACAUGGGAGAAUCUGUAGAGAGCAGUGGGGUUAUGAGGAAGCUAGAGACCAAAGGAGCGGAUGAGCGUGUCACAAAGGAGGAAUGGGAUGAGUUUGUCAAGUAUGUGUAUGCACAUCCAACAAACCCAUCAUUGUUGAUUCUGGAGCAAGUCAUCACAUGAUUAGUGACAGAAGCUUAAUGAGUGAUGUAAAGAAAGCUACUGGGGGUGUGAUGAUAGCUAAUGGUGAUAGGAUUCCUAUAGAAGGAGUUGGAAAGCUCAAGCUAUUUGAUAAAGACUCAGAUGCCUUCUACAUGCCACAGUUUGCUUCAAAUCUACUAUCUGUAAGGAAAGCCACAAUUGAUCUUGGCUGUCAAGUAGUAUUCAGGCCAGAUGAUGUUGAGUUCCAAGAUUUGAAGACUGGAAGGGUCAUUGGGAGAGGAGACAGCAAGAAUAAUCUAUACCAGCUCCAAUUGGCUAAGAUUUCUAAACCCUUUGAUUCUAUGUGUUUGAGUAGUACUUAUGAGAAGAUUGAUAGUAUUACUUGGCAUGCUAGAUUGGGUCAUCCUCAUGCUCGUGCUAUUGAAUUGAUAAUU